UAUUUUUAAUUUCAGUAUAUCAUGUUUAAAUUUCAGUAUAGUAACCUACUCUCUCUCUCUUUUAUAUUUUUGUACAUAUAUUGCAAAUUAAAUGGUAAGAAAUAUCAAGCCCUUAUCUCAAUUAACUUUUAAUUGGAAUUAGAUUUUCUACACCACAUUUUCACGCGUUCUUUAAUGCACUCACGCUCUAUCAGUCUAUUUGUAGGCAAUACAUCCAUGCGGGGCGACCCGGGCGACAUCGCUGGCAGUCGUGGACACGGUCGCCUCGGCAACUGCCAUCAAUUCCGUAAACAAAAGCACGCAUUGUCGUGCCGAGGGUCGCGCGAAAAAAAGAAUUUCCUCGACCGGGGGUCGCCCGCCCGAUGUACGAAGAUGUGAAUGCACCGGUUCGCACUUCUCUUCGCGUUCGCCCGAGAGACUCACCCACGUGCGAGGACUCACCCUCGUCCUGGGACCGCGUCCUCUGCGACUCGAGUGCUCCGUCGACGCUGCCGCAACGAUGUCGGGGAAAAAGGCCGCGGAGAAGGUCUCCGAGAUUGACGCGCACAUCAGCAAGCAGUACGAUAUCGUGCGACGUCUCGGCAAAGGGGCUUAUGGUAUAGUAUGGAAGGCGAUCGAGAAGAAGAGGAAGGACACCGUCGCGGUGAAGAAGAUCUUCGACGCCUUCAGAAAUCAGACGGACGCGCAGCGUACGUUCCGCGAGAUUAUGUUCUUACUGUCGUUCGCCAAUCACGAGAACAUUAUAAAGCUGAUCGGGCUGCACAAGGCGGACAACGACCGGGACAUUUACCUCGUUUUCGAGUACAUGGAAACCGAUCUUCACAACGUCAUCAAGCGGGGCAACAUCCUCAAGGACAUCCACAAGGUCUUCAUUAUGUACCAACUUUUUAAGGCGAUCAAGUACAUACACUCGGGAAACGUUAUCCACCGAGACUUGAAGCCGUCCAACAUACUUCUGAACGCGCAAUGCCAUUGCAAAAUCGCGGACUUCGGUUUGGCACGCUCGGUUACGCAAAUCGGUGAGGGUGACGGUGAGGCGGGUAGUGAUCCAACUCUGACGGACUACGUCGCCACUCGAUGGUAUCGCGCCCCCGAAAUUCUCAUUGCUUCAAAAAGGUACACAAAGGGGAUAGACAUGUGGUCCUUAGGCUGCAUUCUCGGCGAAAUGCUGCUUGGGAAGCCACUCUUUCCUGGCUCGUCGACAAUAAACCAAGUCGAGAGAAUAAUGGCAACUUUGCCGCCACCGACGGACGAAGAUCUGAUAUCAAUCAGCGCCGGUUAUGGGACAAAUUUGUUGGAAAAGAUGCCCAACAGACCCAGACGGGCUUUGAAAGAAUUAUUGCCGGAAGUGUCGGAGAAAGCCUUGGAUCUUAUCAGCAAUUUGAUAGUCUUUAACCCCACACAACGGUUUACCGCAGUCGAAGCGCUAGAGCAUCCGUACGUCGUCGAUUUUCACAAACGGGGAAACGAACCGGAGAGGGGUUCCAGCGUUGUACCGCUAUUGAGUGAUGAUGUGCAGCUCUCGGUCGAUGAAUAUAGAAAUAAACUGUACGCGAUGAUGGAUGAAAAGCAUCGGAAACAUAAAAAUAUGUCAAAAUCCAGACUACGGCGAUUGUCUGAAAGCAUUAGAAAGGAAACUAGUAAGAGUAAUCUAGUGAUUGGCCAAGGCGACACAAUUGUCGCGUGCUCGUCAUUGCCAAAUAAGAAGACAAUCAGGCCAUCUCAAGAUGACAAUACUGCGCGCGGUGUUACAAGAACGCAGACGGUGAACAAUCCCGUAGAGGUGCCGGCACAGGAGACCUUUACAAAUAUCCGGCACAAUGUUAGGAACGUGGCGACACAAUACGCUUGCAACUUGUCGAACGGAAACGUACCCCCGGCAGCGGCCAAAAGUUGCUUCUACUUUAACCAGCAGCAUAAUUCGCAGCUGUCGAAGUCCCAGUGUUCCAUUCAAUCGGAUCAGAUGUCUAUGUUCGGAGGCAGAUCGAACCAGCAAUUAGCAGCAACGGCACAACGCGCCAAGCCACGAAGAGCCUGUAGACAACAAAUCAUGGCACAGGCACCGAGGUCCUUCGCUUCCACGUCGGCUAAUUGCCGUGGCGAUGAUCGUCGGCCUAAAACGAUGCCGGCGAAACUGAUCAGGAUCAGUGACAGUCCGAACAGUAUCAGACAGACCAGCAACGUCACGAGGACCAUUGUCAGAACUCGAGACGUCAGGACCGCGGGGGGUGGAGUCGACAGUCCGGAAUCGUACGUCAGCUACCAUCCACAGGCCAUUCAAAACUACCUGAAUCAGACGGCGCCGUUGCUGGUGCAGCAGCAUUCACGGGCGCGAAAUCGCACAUUUUGCCGCGGCAGGGACAACCCUGUCGACAGAUCGUUCGCCGUUGCGGACGCAGCGACGACCAACAGUCGCGUCAAGAGCGCGGUGCGCGACCAAGGUAUACACGCGAAGCACAGCUUCGACGCCGGCCACGUCGUUCAGAGGAGAUCGUCGACGAUGUGCGACAAGUCGAGAUUCCUGAACAGUCACAGCCAGAGUCACGGCGUGAUCGCGGAGUCGGUUUACAAGGAUCUCUGUAACGGGACUAUAGGGUGGUGAGUGUGCGGUUGGUAGA